AUGUUGUUUCUUUCUGUCAUAAACACAUCCAGUGAUUCUAAUGACCGUGAUGGUAAGAAACCAGUUCCUUGUGUAAUACCAUGCCCCAAGUGGUACAAAAAGGAAAACAAAGACAACCACAUGUUUGUUGAUGACUCUGAUGAUGAUGAUCUUGCUACUAGUACUGGUGAUGAUCUUGAUGCUUGUAAUGAUGAUGAUGAGCUUGCCACUAGUACUGAUGACGAUCUUGACAAUAGUACCGAUGAAGAUGAUGAUCUUGACACUAGUACUGAUGAAGAUGAUGAUCUUGACACUAGUACUGAUGAAGAUGAUGAUCUUGACACUAGUUCUGAUGAAGAUGAUGAUCUUGACACUAGUACUGAUGAAGAUGAUUAUCUUGACACAAGUACUGAUGAAGAUGAUGAUCUUGAGACAUCAGGAUCUGAAUGUAAGCAUCUCUGUAAUGAUCUUCAGGGGCGUAGUCCAGGCCCCCACCCCACUUUUUUCCCAAUCUUACUUACACUAUAA